AUGGAGCUGAAAAGUUUGGAAAAUUCACUGAAAAACAUCGAUAAAAUCACAAAAAGCAAGCAAAGUUUUAUCAAGGCAAAGCAGCAGGAUUAUGACAAACUCGUGGAAGCUGCAAAGGAUCUCACGGAUUUUGCGAUUGGGCAGGAAAAGAGUGGAUUAAUCUCUCUUGUGGUUGAUAAUCUCGAUCAGGAGCAGAUUUUCCAGCAAAUUGAGAUAAAUAAUGAAGCUGUUCUUCCGGAAUUUGUCGAAGUAUGCGGGAGACUUCUUCGGAAAUCCUUGGCAUAUAAUGAGGAGGAAGAGGAAGAGUUAGAAAAUGGUCAGGAUGAAGAGGAAGAUAUAGAGGGAAAAGAAGAACAAGAUGGAGAGGAGGCUGAAGAUGAAGAAAGUGAAUUAGAUGAGGAAGAAGCUGAAGGCGAAGGAAGUGAGCAGGAUGAGGAAAAAGCAUUCCUGGAGAAUUCAAAAAGUUUUCUCAAUGAUGAAGAAGAUUCAGGAAGUGAAGAUGAUGACGCGGAAGAGGGUGAAGAAAGUCAGGAGAAAACAGACCGAGAAAAUGGCCCAAAAUCAACCUUUGAGGAAGUUUCGGAUAAACUCAAGGAGAAGAUCUCAGAGAUGGAGGAAGAAGCUCUCCAGGGGAGAUCGUGGCAAAUGAAGGGUGAGAUCACAGGGGCAAAGCGUGAAAAGAAUGCCCUUCUUGAGGAAGUUCUGGAAUUCGAUCUGGGUGCCCGUCCACAGCCACAGAUCACGGAGAAAACAUCCAAAAGUCUCGAAGGUAUCAUCCUGCAGAGAAUUCAGUCCAAAUGUUAUGACAACGUUGUCCGGAAGGUACGUGUGGACACUGAACAGAGAUUCUCCAAGGAAUUGGUGCUUGAUCACACGAAAAGUUCCGUUCCGCUUAGUGAGUUGUAUGAGAAAUCCUACAUGAAGCAAAUUUCCGGAGACAAGAAUGCCGAAGAGGAGGAUAAGCAAGCGCCACAGAAGAAGGAAAUCACAAAGAUGCUGAAUACGCUCUUUGGGAAGCUCGAUGCCCUCUCAAACUUCUACCACACCCUCAAUCGUGACGGAAAGGAGCUCAAGAUCAUCUCUAGUGAUCCCGUAACAGCUGAAGAUUGUCUCGUACCCGAAUCUGCCAAUGAUGCUCAGCUCAUGGCGCCUCCGGAAGACACCGUAGAGGGGAAAAAGAAGAAAAAACGGAAGAUUUUCAACAAGCCCGACGCACCGGUUGGGAAGUUCAAACGCCUAAAAGAGGAGAAAGUGAAGAAGCGCAAAAUCACAGACCUCAUCCCACUGGAGGAUGCCCUCAAGACCACCAAGAAGAAGAAAGUAAAAUAA